UCCAUCGUAGCAGCACUGCAGCGUGGUGGCCCUCUCAUCUAUCCCGAAGUCGAGUCAUUUCUCGUCCGGCUCCAAACCUGACUAGUCGCACCAUGGUCAAAGAAACGAAGUUCUACGACAUUCUUGGGGUGAAGCCCAACGUGACCAACGAUGAGCUGAAAAGAGCCUACAAGAAACUCGCUCUGAAGUACCAUCCGGACAAAAAUCCAAAUGAGGGCGAAAAGUUCAAACUCAUCGCGGCGGCCUAUGAGACUCUCAGCGAUCCCGAGAAACGAAAAAUCUAUGAUCGUGGCGGUGAGCAAGCUCUCAAGGAAGGUGGAGGCGGCGGCGGCGGAUUCCACAAUCCGUUCGACAUUUUCGAGAUGUUCUUCGGCGGCGGAGGCGGUGGUGGUCGUCGACGCGCGAACCGAGGCCGAGAUAAGGCUCAUCCCGUCAGCGUGUCACUCGAAGAACUCUACAAUGGUUCCGUGAGGAAGAUGGCGUUGAGAAAACGCGUGAUCUGCCAGGCCUGCGAAGGCAAGGGAGGCAAGAACGUUUCGGUUUGUAGUUCUUGCAAGGGUCAAGGAGUUGUCAUACGCGUCGUGCAGAUCGCUCCUGGCAUGGUCCAACAGAGCCAGAGCAUUUGUGACGAUUGCUCGGGCCAAGGGGAGAAUUGUGCGCCUGGAGACCGCUGCAAAGUCUGCGAUGGCCAGAAAACCAUUCAGGAGCGGAAGAUUCUCGAAGUUCACAUCGAUAAGGGAAUGGAACAAGGACAAAAGAUUCCCUUCGUCGGCGAGGGUGAUCAAGAGCCAGGAAUGGAGCCCGGGGACGUCAUUUUCGUUGUCGACGAGAAGGAGCACGAGACCUUUGCCCGCGAAGGACUCGACCUCAGCAUGAAAAUGGAAAUCAGUCUCACCGAGGCCCUCUGCGGCUUCCAGAGACCGAUCAAGACUCUCGACAAUCGAAUGCUGGUAAUCACUCAGAUGCCGGGAGACGUGAUCAAGCACGGCGACAUCAAGUGCAUCAUGAACGAAGGCAUGCCCACGUACAAGAAUCCAUUCGAGAAAGGAAGGCUCAUUGUCCAGUUUGCCGUCAAGUUCCCCCAACGUGUGGAUCCGGCGAUCGCUUGCCAAUUAGAAAAUCUUCUCCCGAAGCGCGAAGAGGUCAUGAUCACUGAGGACGCCGAGGAGGUGUUCAUGGAGGAUUUCGACCUCGAGAAUGAGCGUCGUAGACGACGAUACGAGGAGGAAGGUAGGCGCGAAGACGGCGAGCGACACUACAUGGGAGGUGAGGGCCACGGACAAGGAGUCAGCUGCCAAACGAGCUAGACAACGACGCACCGGCAGCAGUAUUCCCCUCUGAUGGAUAAUGUUCGGACCCUGAGGGAUCCGAAGUUUAGAAAAACUUGAAAUUGAGUUUCCGUACGGAAAGAGAAAGCGAAUGAGAGUGAAAUAGGAUACCGAAAUCAUGCAACUCAGUUGAGGACAGCGUUGAGAGGUGUCCGUCAUCUGUGUAAAUAAACUAUUUAUAUCGGUAAACAGAAGCACGACGAGUAUGGGGAAAGCGUGUGGCACGACGUUUCCAAUCCUAACACGCCGUUCCCGAGUCCCUCAACAACGGUCCGAAGUCGCCAGCCAUCUAAUCGGCGACGGGCGGUGAGGGGGGACUCGCGAGCGACCCGUACCGGAGUUAGCCUUCGUUAUGUACAAUUAGCUCUUCUUUAGACGAAGUCCACCUGCAGCGUGCAAUUCUGUAUUCCCUCUUAAUGCUGUUUUGUUCCGGCUUUGAGUUGAUUAACACGGACUGCAGGUCCUGGAUCUGAUCUUGAUGCAUUGGUGUUGAGCGGGUAUUCCCAGUUAUUCCCUCCAAAUGAUUCCAUAGGAAAUUAAAUUGAACGAAUAAAGCCCCGAUUGCAACCCGA